AUGUGCUAUGGUAUUGAUCACAUUGUUAAACUUUUCAUACAGGCUGCUCAAUUACGACAACGUUUCCACCAUUCUAUAGCACCUGGAGGUCUUGCUGGUGAUCGGCAUGUUGUUGUGCCCGCAUCUGGUUUUUCUAUUUUUGCACAAAAUAUAUGGAAAGUCAUACGAGAGAACAAGGAUCUCAAUCUCCCAGCUCAUAAGGUAAUGGUUGCAACUGUGCAUUGUGAAAAGAUUUCUGAUGAAAAGCUUAGUGACCUUCGUUCUGAUAAGGGUUUGCUGAAGUUGAAGGAAGAACUUCAAUCAGGUCCGGUAAAAGGCCUAGGGGAGAAGUUGAGCGCCAUUAUUGAUACCUACCUCUCUUUAUAUGACGCGGAAGCAUUAUACUUUGAUGAAUCUGUGAGAAAUGCAAAACGGAAGCAAUUUGAAUCAAAUGCAUUGGAGAUAGUGUACCCUGCUUAUACAACAACGUUAAGGCAUCUACGCUAUAAAGCUUUAGACGAUUUCAAGACUAAGUUGGGUUCAUCACUGAACAAUGUAGAAGGGUUUGCUUCAUCUUCUCUAACGUGGACCGAGUCUAUUAUGCUCAACUUUGAUAUAGAAGCUGCUGACGCAUCUGUAAGACAGGCUAAUUGGGAUGAUGCUUCAAAAGCGCGAUAUAAGCUUCGUUGUGAUAUUGAUUCACAUGCUUUAGCUGUGUGCAAUGAAAAGUUAUUGGAGGUAGCGACUAAUUCUAAGAAGAUCGAGGAGGAGCGUGUGAAGAAUAUCGAAAAGAUUGUCAAGUUUGCAUUGACGACGAUAUCGACGAUAUCAAUGGUUGCAGUUGGGAGCCCUAUUGGUACUGAGAUCAUUGACAUGUGUCCUGAAAUUUCUGAUGUCAUUUCUGAUGUCGUUUCGCGUGUGUUCUCGCGUGACUGA